UGAGCUCCAAUGAAGAAAAUGCAACAAAUCUCAUUUUUAUUGAAACUGGAUUUCAGAUUCCCCAUUCAUUCAUUGUCCCUUCGACCUCUUACAGAGCCAGUGCCACCUUAACACCGACUCUUCAAUAAUUAAAUCAUCAUAUUAAUUAACUAAUAUUAUUUUAAUAACAAUAAUCAAGUUUAAUCUAUAAACGCAUCAAUCAAUGCCUUCUUCAGUUCGCCGAUUAACGAUGGCAGUUAUAACUAACUCCUUAUCACUCAAACACACUCUCUCUCUUGGUUGCCCCCAAACAAAAUUUCUUACUCGUCGUCCUUCUUCCACUUCCAUCUCAUUCAGAAGAUGUUAUGCAUCUUACGCAAAUGAAAAUCGCGAGUAUGUCAUCGUUGGCGGAGGAAACGCGGCGGGAUAUGCUGCUCGUACUUUCGUAGAGCACGGCGUCGCCGAUGGACGUCUUUGUAUUGUUACAAAAGAGGGAGUUGCACCUUACGAGCGUCCCGCAUUAACAAAAGCCUACUUGUUCCCACCGGAAAAGAAACCUGCACGUCUUCCUGGGUUUCACACUUGUGUUGGAUCCGGUGGCGAAAGGCAAACUCCCGAGUGGUAUAAAGAGAAAGGGAUUGAGAUGUUAUAUGAAGAUCCAGUAGAAAACAUUGAUAUUGAAAAGCAAACCUUGACAACAAGUUCCGGAAAGCUUCUUAAGUAUGGAUCACUUAUUAUCGCUACAGGAUGUACAUCCUCAAGGUUUCCAGACAAAAUUGGGGGAAACUUAUCUGGUGUUCACUAUAUUCGGGAUGUUGCCGAUGCUGAUUCACUGGUUUCAUCGUUGGAAAAAGCAAAAAAGGUUGUAGUAGUUGGAGGUGGUUAUAUUGGAAUGGAGAUUGCUGCUGCAGCUGUUGCUUGGAAACUUGAUACAACAAUCAUAUUUCCAGAUGAUCAUUUUUUACAAAGAUUGUUCACUCCUUCUCUUGCCCGGAGAUACGAAGAACUCUACCAAAAGAAUGGAGUCAAAAUAUUGAAGGGUGCCUCCAUUAAAAAUUUGGAAGCUAGUUCUAAUGGUAAUGGACGUGUAGCUGCUGUGAAACUUGAAGAUGGAUCUACUGUUGAAGCUGAUACGGUAAUUAUAGGUAUUGGUUCAAAGCCUGCUGUGGGUCCCUUUGAGAGGGUGGGUUUGAAUACUGAUGUCGGUGGUAUACAGGUUGAUGGACAGUUCCGGACAAACAUUCCUGGAAUAUUUGCUGUUGGUGAUGUAGCUGCUUUCCCUUUAAAGAUCUACAACCGUAUUUCUCGAGUGGAACAUGUAGAUCAUGCUCGUAGAUCAGCACAGCACUGUGUGAAAGCAUUACUCAGUGCACAAUCUAGCACAUAUGAUUAUCUUCCAUACUUCUACUCGAGGGUUUUUGAAUAUGAAGGAAGCACUAGAAAAGUAUGGUGGCAGUUUUUUGGAGACAAUGUUGGAGAAACAGUAGAAAUUGGAAACUUUGAUCCUAAAAUAGCAACAUUUUGGAUUGAAUCUGGUAAGCUGAAGGGAGUUCUUGUUGAAAGUGGGAGCCCUGAGGAAUUUAAGCUCCUGCCUGAACUUGCGAGAAGGCAGCCUCCAAUUGAUAAAGCCAAACUUCAAAACGCAAGCUCAGUGGAGGAGGCCCUAGACAUUGCUCGAGGAUCCUUGCAAGCAGCUGUCUAGGACAGAUUUUGGUCAGAUCAUACUGUAAUUUAUCUUUUACUAAUAUAGAUCACCCGUGAUCUGUCAUCAUCUCACUAGUAUUGCUUGCCCCUUAGGAGAGCGAAUAAUUUUUAUGAUAUUCACAUUUUUGUUACACGGCAUAUUAUGUAUGUAUUAUGUAAUAAUGGUUUCCAAGAGUAUAGUGUCUCAUUUGGAUUUAUUUGAUCUAGUGCUGCCAUCUGGCGUCUAUGAAAUUUCUUAAUAAUAAAUCAUUUGUAUUUAUUUAUAUAUGUUACCUUUCAUGUGA